ACCAAAACAGGAAGUGUGACAUGGCAGCUGUGUACGGCGGAGUAGAGGGAGGAGCGACCCACUCCAAAGCAGUGCUGGUGUCAGCAGAUGGAACUCUUCUUGCAGAAACAGAGGGACCGUGCACUAACCACUGGCUAGUGGGGGUGGACAAAUCUAUAGAAGCCAUCAACGACAUGGUUCAAAGAGCAAAGGUCGAGGCAGGACUGGAUCCAAACAAGCCUUUACGCUCGCUGGGUAUGUCUCUGAGCGGAGGGGAGCAGAAAGAUGCCAUCGAGAAGCUGAUCGCCGACAUGAAGGAACGCUUCCCCACUCUGAGCGAACACAUCCUGAUCAUCAACGACACCAUCGGCGCCAUGGUGACAGCCAGCGAUCGGGGCGGCGUCGUCUUGAUAUCAGGGACCGGCUCCAACUGCAAGUUAGUGAACCCUGACGGCUCCCACAUCGGCUGUGGGGGCUGGGGUCACAUGAUGGGCGAUGAGGGCUCGGCGUUCUGGACGGCUCGUUUGGCCGUGAAGACGGUGUUUGACGCCAGAGACAACCUGGCCGCUCCUCCUCAUGAUAUCACUCAUGUUAGAGAAGCCAUGGAGGAGUAUUUCCAGGUGUCCGAUCUGCUGGGCAUGCUGCCUCACCUCUACAGAAACUUCCAAAAGUCCCACUUUGCUGGUUUCUGCAAGAAGCUGGCUGAAGGCGCGGAGGCGGGAGACGCUCUCUGUCGCUAUGUGUUCACUCAGACUGGAAGAGUGUUGGCGAAACACGUGGAAGCAGUCCUACCUACAGCAGAUGAGUCUUUAUUCAGCGGUGACCUGGGCCUGCCCAUCCUGUGUGUGGGCUCCGUGUGGAAGAGCUGGGAGCUUCUGAAGCCAGGUUUCACGGAGAUUUUGGACAGAGUGGCCUCGUCCGACAAGUUCAGGGGUCGUUUCCGUGGCUACAGCCUUCUCGUCUUGCAGCGAUCGUCAGCCCUCGGCGGGGCCAGUUUCAGCGCCCAAAGUUUAGGUGAAGCCAUAAAGAUGGAUUAUGCAGCCAAUGUGAAAGUCUUCUACAGGCAUACCUUCAGCAGCAGCUAAGGAAAUCGACUGUGCAAUGGUUGUUUUCCUUUAGCAGGAACAUAUUUUUGCAAUAAUGAAUGCCUUUGAAUAUUUUUUUUUUUAAAAUACAUUCAUCAGAAGAAUGAUGUGUUAAUUUGAAUCCUGGGUGUUGGAGAAGCCCUGAGAGUCUAUACGGUCAAUGAGCCACACAAUAAACUCUUUG